AUGUUUCAAAUUGCGUUUUUACUUUCUGUUGUAAUCUUAGACAUGAAGAAUCUCAGAAAAAAAUUCCUUUAUUUACCAGAAAUAUUUUCUUUUUGCCGUGAAAUUUCUCAAAUUGAUGUUUUCGUUUAUAUCACGUAUCAAAAAUCAACAAUAAAAGGUUUCCCGAAUAUUUCUAAAUUUAAAACAUUUAUAAGAUCAAAGAAUUUAUUGAAGGAAAAAGCAUUUAUGAUUACACAAAUGGAGUGA